CCCCGCCUGCCGCAGGUUUCCAAUUGAUUCUGUUCGCGGAAACUCAGGUAGGAACUCUCUGGCCCAGAGAUCCUGAGCAGGUUGGUGGGCGCAUGCGCCGCGAGCGCUCUUGCGAGCCGGCCGGGAGCGAGUAGAGCUGCCAGAUACUUUUGCCAUAUGAAGUCGAACAUGGCAGAAGAAGACGACUACAUGUCUGAUUCCUUCAUUAAUGUCCAAGAAGAUGUCCGACCAGGCUUGCCAAUGCUGAGGCAAAUCCGGGAAGCCCGUCGAAAAGAAGAAAAGCAACAGGAAGCUAAUUUGAAAAAUAGGCAGAAGAGUUUAAAAGAAGAAGAACAAGAGAGACGUGACAUCGGGUUGAAGAAUGCACUAGGCUGUGAAAACAAAGGGUUUGCUUUGCUCCAAAAGAUGGGCUAUAAAAGUGGUCAGGCCCUCGGUAAGAGUGGAGAUGGUAUUGUUGAACCAAUUCCCCUCAAUGUCAAAACAGGGAAAAGUGGCAUUGGUCAUGAGGCAUUAUUAAAACGGAAAGCAGAGGAAAAAUUAGAAAGCUACAGAAAAAAGAUUCACAUGAGAAACCAAGCUGAAGAAAAAGCUGCAGAACAGUUUCGAAUGCGACUUAAAAAUAAGCAAGAUGAAGUGAAGCUAGAAGGAGAUCUCAGAAGAAGCCAGAGAGCCUGUCAGCAGUUGGAUACUCAGAAGAAUAUUCAGGUUCCCAGAGAGGCAUGGUACUGGUUGAGGCUUGAAGAGGAGACUGAAGAAGAGGAAGAAGAAGAGCAAGAUGAAGAUGAAUAUAAGAGUGAAGAUUUAAGUGUAUCGGAAAAAUUACAAAUAUUGACUAGUUAUUUAAGAGAAGAACACCUGUAUUGUAUUUGGUGUGGAACAGCCUAUGAAGAUAAAGAAGAUCUGUCUUCAAAUUGCCCAGGACCAACUUCUGCAGAUCAUGACUAGAUGAUUCUCAAUAAAGUAGAAGCUUGACAAAUGUUAUUGUUUCCUACAUAUAAACAGUUGAGCAGUUAGAACUCCCAAACUUUUGAUGCCAGUAAAGGAGGGACUUUAUAUAUUUUGUAUAUUAGAAGUACUUUGUACUUUAGCAUAUAAUUGUUUACUGACUUUAGAAACAUAAUGGAAUACCAUUUCAGAACACAAGUAUUGUAGACAUGGGCAGUGACAAUUUAUGACUCUGUUUUGAUGCUUACAGGAUUUAGAUACCAACUAGGAACUCUCUUAUUCCCUUCUUCACUUUGGAACAAAUUGAGAAAUAAGACAUGGAAGUUAGAGAGAGAGCAAAAUAGAAAUAUCAGCUUUAUUAUCAAUGAAGCUGAAAUGGAGAGCAAGUUGACUUGUCCUCCGGUCAGUCUCCCUGAGAGAUCGCCGUAUCUGGAGAGAACUGCAGACCUGGCCUCUCAGGGACUGAGCCCAUCUUUGUGUUUGGGGACCAGUUAGUUCUUAAGGUAAGGUGAGAGACCCAACCCACCAGGGGUAGGUCACUCACGCUCAGUUCCUUUUCCCAAAAUCACUCAUCAGAUGAGACACCUCUGUGUUAUGAGGGAAUGAAUACGGAUUCACAGAGCUUGUUCCCAUUCUUCUCUCUUCCAAAGAGCAAGAAGAAGUUCCCUUCCCUCCAUGCAAGCAUGGAGAGGAGAGGAAAAGUAUCCCCCUCAGUAAGAGAGAUGUCAGAGGCAAUGUUCCAUUAAUAGUACUUAAUUCUAUUCAGUUUUAGAAAUAAAGUAAUUAUGAUAUGCUGUAAAAUUAUGAGUUUUCAUGGCGAUGUAUAUAUCCAUUAUAAGUGAACUGUUGCAAGUUUUGGCUAAAGAAACUUAAUAAUUGGGAGUAACCUUAAAUAUCAGAUGACCCACCUUCUUUAUUAAUCCCUUUGACAACAUUCCCAGCAGGUGGUAAUCCAACCUUUGCCUUUAUUCCUCCAGCCACAGAGCUCACUGUCUUAAAACAGACUGUUGCAUUGCUGGGUAGCUCUGAGUCACUUUUAAAGUUAUUUUUCCAUCCUAAACUGAAUUCUGCUUCCUUAUAAUUUAACUGAAUAUAGCUAAAGACAUACUAUGUGGCAUACCUCUAGAGAGCUCCAUCCAAGGUUGGGCAUCAAAAUCAUGAACUAUUUUUUAAAGUUCACAAGCUCAGGUGCCUCCCCUAGUGAUUCUGAUUCAGCUAGUCUAAGAUACUUUCUGAGUAUCUGUAUUUAUUUUAAAGUUCUAAGAAUGCAUCUGAUUAUCACCUGUGGGUGAGAACUAGUGCUCUAGGUUAAACUAGAGCACAAUUGCUCUUUGGAUCUCACCUGUACAGUUUUAUAGCUCACCUUUCAGCAGCACUGAGCAAGAGAUCAACCUCUUCUUCUAUUAGAAGCUACAUACCUGAGAACAUAGCAAAAGCUAACCUACAUUUGCCUGAGUUAAAAUAAUCAAUAGUACAACUUAUACUGGCAUCUGACCAACACGACCUGAUCUACUUGUUCUCAAGUUUUUGGGGGAGCUUUAAAAAAUGAUAAUACAAAGAUCCCACCCCCUAGAGAUUCUGUGGCCUGUGAUCACUAUCCUUGAUUCUAAGAUGCAGCUGAGCCUACAAACCUAGUUACCUUCUGGGCCUCAGUUCUUCAUCCAGAACUGAAUUAUUUUUAUGAAUAUAAAUACAUAUAUAAAAUAUUGGAGCUUACAUAGUUGUACAGUACUGUUUGAUAUUUACUUUUUUCAUUUAAAAAAUAAUAAAAUUGCAUUAACAAAUAAAAAGGACUACAUCUUUUUAGAA